UUUAUGCAUUUGUUUGCAGCAGGUAAUUUUACUUUCUGAGAUGCCACAGGUGAAAAGAUAGAUGGAAGUCUUUUGAAGGUGCUGAUUUUGGACUAAAUUCAUUACUACGUGGCUGUUACCAACAAGAAUGGAUACUUUCACCAGCCUCCUCCCUCCAACAAGUGGAAGUGGUAAUCUUGCUGGUUCACAAGAAGAACUACAGAAGCUUUUAAUUGAUGAAAGAAUGCGGUGUGAACAUCAUAAAACACAUUAUAAAACUCUGAAAGCAGAACAUACACGGUUACAGGAUGAGUAUACAAAAUCACAGAAUGAGCUCAAGCGGUCAUUGGUUGAAAAACAAACCAACAAUGACAAAUUUCAGUUUCUUCUUGCUGAACUCCGAGGAGAAUUAUUAGAUAAAACAAGAGAACUAGAAGAACUGAGGAUGCAGGUGCUAACUCCUCAAAAGCUGGAGUUGUUAAAAGCACAAAUACAACAAGAAUUGGAAACUCCAAUGAGAGAUCGAUUUAGGAAGCUAGAUGAAGAAGUAGAAAAAUACCGAACAGAAUAUAAUAAACUGCGUUAUGAACAUACCUUUCUAAAAUCAGAAUUUGAACACCAGAAGGAAGAACAUGUUCGUGUUUUAGAAGAGAAAAAAAUAAAGUAUGAGGCUGAGAUAACAAGACUGGAUAAAGAUAAAGAAGAACUGCAUAAUCAGCUGCUUAGCGUUGACCCCACCAGAGACAGUAAGCGUGUGGAGGCACUUCUGAGGGAGAAGGCUCAACUACAUCAAAAAGUAAAAAGUUUGGAAGCUGAAGUAGCAGAAUUACAGGCAGAGAGAGAAAAUUGUGGUGUGCAAGCAGAAAGUGUCCAAAGAAUACAGGUGCGACAAUUGGCUGAAAUGCAGGCAACAGUGAGAUCUCUGGAGGCAGAAAAGCAGUCAGCUAAACUACAGACUGAUCGUAUUGAAAAAGAACUACAAAUGAGUAAUGAGCAGAACACACUCUUAACCAGCAAACUGCACAAAGCUGAACGAGAAAUCAAUGCCUUGACUACUAAAGUAGAAGAACUUAAGCAUUCACUCAAAUUAGAAGUAACAAAUGUGAAACUGGAGGCAGCAAAAGCAAAAAGUGAGGUAGAAAGAGAGAAAAACAGGAUUCAAAGUGAAAUGGAUGGACUGCAUUCAGACAAUGAGAUUCUGAAGACGACAGUUGAACGCCACAAAGUGCUUUUAGUAGAAAAGGAUCGUGAGCUAAUUCGUAAAGUGCAAGCUGCCAGAGAAGAAGGCUUUCAAAAACUUGCAGCACUGCAAGAUGAAAAGUUAGAACUUGAGAACAGAUUAGCUGAGCUAGAGAAGAAUAAAGUGGAACAAGAUGCUUGGUGGCAGUCUGAAAAGGGUCAGUAUGAAGAGAAGCUACAUGUUGUGCAGGUGGCUGAAGAGUCCAGCAGAAGAGAACUUCAGAAUGUUAGGUUAAAACUUCAACAGCAAAUUAUUCAGACAGAAGGGUUAGAAAAAGAGAAAAGCGAAAAUGCUGAUCUUAAACAGCAAAUUCAUGAUUUGCAGCUCCAGGUGGCCUCACUUUCUCAAUCAGAAAGUGACUUGCUGGAUUCCAAUGAAAAACUUAAAGAAGUGUUGGAGAGACUAAAACAAGAAUAUCGAAAUGCAAGAAGUCAAGCAGAAAAGGCUCAGCAAGAAGCAGAGAAGAGUUUAGAAGACAAACGCAUAGAAUGGUUGGAGGAGAAGCAUAAAUUAAUUCAGCGCAUCACAGAAAGAGAAGAGAAGUAUAACCAAGUGAAAGAGAAACUUCAUCGGGCUGCUGUUGCUCAAAAGAAGAGAAAGGCUCUCACUGACAAUAAACAAAAGAGACUGCAGGAGAAAAUAGAACUCUUGGAAGCCAAGAGAGAAGAACUAGAAACAGAAAACCAGGUGUUAAAUCGACAGAACGUUCCCUAUGAAGAAUACACACGUCUUCAGAAAAGGCUAAAGGAUCUGCAGCGCAGACACAAUGAAUUCCGGAGUUUAAUUCUGGUUCCUAACAUACCGUCACUCAAUCCAGUCAGUAUAAUGUCAUCUACCUUGAUCCCUGUGCCUGAAGUCUCUUUUCCGCAUCUGCAGGAGGAGCAGCAUCAAAGGGAGCUUUCCUUGCUUCGCAAGCGACUGGAAGAGCUAGAAACCACACAGAGAAAACAACUCCAAGAGCUUGGGCCAUCUGGAGAGCGAGGUAGGCUGGGACUGCACAGUGAUGCUGGCAGAAACAGGAUAGGUGAAGAGGACAACAUGCAAAAUGAGGACUCCAAAUAAAGUGUACAAGAUUUAAUUGCUGCUUCCUUAUAAGUGCUUUUUAGUACUUUGCCACAAACAUAUGGAUGUGCAUCAGACUAGAAGAAAUAUAUUCUGCAUAGUUUUCUAUGUAUUUUUGAUAGAACAUAAUGGUUUGUUAAGCACUAACUUGAGAGAAAAACUAAGAAAAAAUUGUCUUCCAAAUUAAUUAUUUAUAUAUACCAAAAUAAAGCAUAUAGAAAGAUCGUGUUGUAAAAGCCUUUUAAAGAAUAUUUAUUAAGGUUUUUUGGAUCGUGUUAACAUGUUGUUUUUAAAAAAACACAACACAAGUUAUUCCCAGUAAUUUUUCCAGACAACUCUUGGAAACAAGUGAAGAGAGAGGCUGGACUUAUGUUUGGCUGCUAGCACAUGCAGAAGGGCAGAUGAGGAAAGCAGGCCAAAAAGUGGACUUGCUAUUCAUGACAAUCCAAGUCUCUUUCAUGACUCAAUUAUGAGAGAAGCAAUAAUCAAGUUUUUAACAAAUGCUGCAUUGUAGACAUAUGCAUAUUUGCCUUUUUUCAGGAAUCCUAAGUUUGUAUUUGUAGCUAAUGGGUUGUGUGUCUGUUUUACUUAUCAUUAACAUAUUUAUCUAUUCAAGGGUUAAUAUAUUUUCUUACCUCUCCACUUGUUCUUGUAUUAUUUCCCUCUCUGACUUCAGUGAAUUUCAGUGGAUUUUUUAUAAUGAGUAAGUAAAAAUCUUCCUACUAGUGUGGUAACAGUUCUUCACUCGCAUUCUAAAAACAGCUAUGAGCAUGUGCAGUGGUUGACCAAACAGGAGCAUUACUUUCUUUUUUAAUGGUUUAUCCCAUACUGUUUAAAAAUGCAUCCCUUUCAGAUAAAUACUGCAGAGUGAGCAGAAGACUGAGUGGCUAAUGACAUGAUCUGGCACUUUUCCAGUAGCAUCUAUCCAAACUCUUCUCUUCACCAUCUGCAUUUCCAGCUUCCCAUAGAUCAUGUACAUUUGAGUAUUAUAAUAUGUUUUUCUGGGAAAAAAAGUCUUAAAUUAUACACACCAUUUCUACAGAAUAUAAGCUAUAUUCUUCAGCAGUAUAAUUGUUUAAAAUAGUAGAAGCUGUCACUGAAAACUUCAGGAGGAAUAGUCUGGAAUACUAACCCAGUCCUUAUUUGUAUCUGAGGUAGGUUUCCCAAAUUUAGUACAAAUGAAGAUGUGUACCAAGUGGGAGGCCUUUGUGGAUGUCAAAUGUAGGGGUAAAAAUACAGUUAAUUCUCUUACCUGGCAUCCCCAGAGUAAGGGGAUUACUGGUUAUGUAAUGUAAAAACUUUGGUUAUCUGAAAAAACCUGGCGGGGUUUUCUGAUGGGGGGCAGGGGGGCAACAGCACCAGCAGCAGUCAUGUGCGAGCUUCCCCCGUGUCUGGCCAGCUGGCUGGAAACUCUAGUUAGAGUAUUCUGGUUGAUGAAGUACUGGAUAACAGAGAUUUUACUGUAGAAGCUGGUGGUGAUUUGGGGGAGAUCUUGCACAUAAAUUAAUUACAGGAAAAUUAUUGUGCAGGCAGAAGGUAAGAUGCUGUACCUUUCUUCUCCCAUGGAGCAUGGGGCCCCUUGCACCUUCUCCUCAAUGGAAAUGACAUACCUGGAUUCUGAGACUGCCGUCCUUAAAAAGUGAGAGGCCUGUUUAUUCACAUUAUAGGUUAGAGACAGUUUUGCAAACCUCGAUAAGGUUGACUGGCAGCAUAUUAUAUUCUGAUGUUCAUUUCAUGCUAGAAAUUAGGUUUUUCUGAGAUGCCUUCCACUUCCCUGCUAAGUAACCAAGCACACUUAAAAUCCCAGAUAGUGUUAAGCACACUCAAGGACACAGGUGAGUUGACCAACUUUCAAAUGCGUAUUUUUUAUUCUAAAUAAAGCCAUACACACACCAAAUGUAUCUUGGAUAUGCACUAAUUAAAAACAUAUUAAAGAAUAGCUUAAGUUCUAUACAGCAAAAAGUACUUUACAUGUUAGUAGGGUUUAACUCUACAUUAUCUUGGCUGCAAAAUAAUGCUUUGUAAGCUAGUGUUAGAAAAAAUAUUGUUUGCAAGUAAGUUAUUUUGCCUGUAAACUUCUGAAAAUAAGUUAAGUACACCUUGGUCUCAAUGACAUACAAAGCUGUUACAUUUACUAGAUUGCCAUAACAUGGCUUUAUUCACAGAUUUGCUGUAGACAAACCUCUGAACUGACAGUUCAUUUCCUCUAGAUAAACACCACCAGUGGACUGCAAAUACUGAGUGCAUUCCAAGUGUUAUAAACUCACACACGUUUACCAAAGGACUCUUGUAAUUAUACUUUACACCACCACUUGGAGAACCUACUUCACAGCUUGGUAAAUCCCAACACACAUGAUUUAAGGCUGCUGAAGGGGCAUGAAUGGUACAACUACACUCACAAUCUGGUUCAUCAUUUAUUUACCAGCCAGUGGCACAAAGACUAGGAUUGCUUUUGGUCCCUCUGCUUUUAUAUAAAUGUGCAGUGAUAGGGCCUUGCCCUCUCUACCAGAGCAUACCUUAUGGAGCUUCCUGCAGAAUAUUUUCUACCCUUCCAACUGCAGCAUUCUUGUAAGGCAGUCUCUUUCCUCCUGCUCUGAAAUCUAUCUAAGGUAUUCCUGUACGUGAAAUGAUCACAUUUCCUUCAAAAGCACAAAUGACUGACCUGGGACUGAACUUUUAAGAUGUCUGACUAAAUAGGAAAGAGUGAACACCUCAUGGUUUUCCUUUUCAACAAAAAGAUGUAAUUUAAUACAGAAGAGUAAUUAGGAACAUUAAAUCUCUAAAACAACCAAGCAGAGUUGCUAAUGCAGUGGUGAGGGAACACUACUCAGAGCCUAGAUUGAAUACUGAGUCACUUUAACACUGUGUGUAACAAGCUCAUUUUUAACUUAAGUUCACAUUAAAUUAGAACAACAAUUUAAAUCAAUUUUCUGCUUUGGCAAAUACCACAAGAAAAAAUUGCCAUGAGGAAUCUUGCUGAAGAAGUUAAAGAAACCCCUAAAGGCACUGAACUUUCCUCUAGCAACAGUGCUACAACACUGCUCUAACACAUGACAUGAAUUUUAUAUU